CCAGGCAAGGCUUUAGCAAUAUUCAUAUUUAGCAACAACAACAACAACCUUUUACGAGAAGUAUUAUCCCGUUAUGUAGACUUAACGAGUGAUGAAAUGUGCGCCAGUUUCACCAAAAGACACAGAUGAGAACACUGGACUGUGGUGUGCAGGUUACAUCAGUCACCGCAGAAUAAGGUGUAUCAAACCAACAUUGCAAAAUAAAGAUGCUAAUUAACACCAGGAUGUGGCCAAACUUCUCUGGAUGUAUGACAGACGGUGAAGACGGGGCAGAACUUGUGAAUUCCACACAUCAAACCUCCUCUACCCAAUCAUUUACCGGCUGUCUGAAACCCACAUUUUCUUGUUAAAAAUGAUAAAAUACUUAAUUUCACAAAAUAAUGUAGCAGAAAGUCGAUCCUCUGAGAUAUUUGACCUCUUUUAACCCCAUCCUGGAUGGGUCCGGUGCGUUGUCUUGUUAACUCUUUAUUUUCGAUGGGGCUGAGCACAACACUUAAGUUCACACUCGUUUGUAAAUUAUUAGACCAAUGUGCCGUAUUUGCCCCCAGUCAGUUACCCCAGCUGUGCAAUCACUGCAGCUUUCUGUUGUAUGUUUGAAGUGAUUUCAUAGACCAUCAGAUCAGUCAGCGCUCCGGCCUUUCAGGAGAAUGAACGGCUCUCUUUUAACCCCGCCCAGCCCGCGGGCGGCAAACUCCUCUCCUUUACCUCCCUCACCAUCUCCGUCACCUCCGUCUCCCUCUAUGCUGCCCCUCUCCCCCCGGCCUCCCCCUCUGCCGCCUCUGGUGAGCCCUUCACCCCAGGCUCACCCAUCCUCCCUGUCGGACACCCCCACGCCGUCCCCCUCGCCUUGCCUGAGCUGGACCGAAUUCUGUGAGCUCCACGCGCGCGUUGCAGCCGGUGACUUUGCGCGCCACUUUCGGGCUUUUCUCCUGGAGAACCCCCACUACUCGCCAGAUUCAGCAGCCGCCUUCUGCCGGCGCUUCACCGACCGGUUUGUUCGUCACUUCCAGAGUGAGCUGGAGCCGAGCUGUGCUUCCGGGAGGGACGACAUGGCGAGCUGGGCUCCCCAGUCAGAUGCUACUUCCCUUGAAGAGGAAGCGGUUUCACCCCUGUCGGCGUCCGGAGGCGCGGUCCUCCCGUGUCCCCCCAUCAACACGACACGGGGCAUGUCCAAGCCUGUACCGACACGGCUGGUGUUGGAGAGCCGCAGUGGGGACAGGUUUCAAGAUUCUUACGCCCACAGCCAAGUCCUGCCCCCGUCUUCAUCAUCGUCAUGUUGCUCCUCAGUGGGAGGGAACAACGGGAGGCGUGAAGAGAGGGGGGCCAUGGUUGCUCCUGGCAAUGGGGAAGCGCCGGUUGAGGAAGAGGAGGACAGCUGGUUAGGGGUAGCGUCUGUGGAGGAAGACGCUGAGCCAGAAGAGCAGGAAGCAGAGUCCACAGAGGUGGACAGUGCGGACCCCUCCCACGCUCCUCAGAUUCCACCUUCCUCGGUCACUCCUCCGCCCGGCUCUAAAGGUAACAGUACGCCCAACUCCAAAAACAAACUGAAGAAGCGGUUUUCUCUGCGGAGUGUGGGUCGUAGUGUGCGGGGGAGUGUCCGGGGCAUCCUGCACUGGCGAAGCUCCUCCAGUGACUCCGCCCAGAGCCAGCUGCCCUCCAGCUACAGCUACACUAUGGGUGUGCAGGACCCCACCUUGGUUUCAACCUCAAAGAGGAACUCUGGUACGCAGCCUCCUACACCCACCUCCUCCAUGCCUGUCUCUCUGUCCAUGCCCCUCUCCCUUCCUCACUCCUCCUCCUCCUCGCUGCCCCCCUCAUCUUCAAGCAGCGCCACCUCUCUGUCUCUUUCGGAAGCUGCUCGAGAUCGGCGGCGGAGCAACGGCGAAGGAAGCGAGAAGGAAAAGUGGAGCCACCGUCUGGACAAACUCAGACUGUCGCGAUCCCCUCCUCCCGUCCUCACCCCAACCCCCGGCGGCUCUUACUCCGCCUCCUCCACGCUGCCUCCGAGCAGCGCCUCCGCCGCCGCCAUGGGACCUCCGAGGAAGGUGGGCCGGCUGGUGCGGGAGGGCGGGGUGAGCGUUAGUUCAUCCAGCGACGAGUUAAGCGCAAGCCACGGCUUUUCUGGCUUCUCGUUCAGUCUGCUGCAUCACGGUACGGACAACAACAACACUGCCGCGGCUACGUCUGCUGCAGCUCAGGCAGGCCCAGUGCAGCCUCUGGCCAGCGGCGGCAACGUGCCCUGGAGAGGAGGACGCUGGCACAAAUGUCGUCUGGUCCUCAGAGAGAGAGACCGAGAAGGUGGCGAGCGGGGAGAGGAGUACUACUUGGAAUUCUUCAUUCCACCUAAAGCGUCAAAGCCCCGGCUGACUGUCCCUUGCUGCUCAAUUGUGGAUGUGAGGAGCACCACAGCGCUGGAGGUCCCCGACAAGGAGAACACCUUUCUGCUGCAGCUGGAAGGGACGGCGCAGUACGUGAUCGAGACCCGUGAUGCCGUACAGAUGAGAGCCUGGCUGAGUGACAUCAGGAACGGCAUCUGUCUCAGUGAACAGGAAGAUCCUGAAGGGGUGUGUGGGGGGCCGCUGGAUAUCAGUGGGACACCUGAGAUCGAUCAUCUGUCACAAGUGUGUUAUGGAGGUAUCGGAGGCUCCUCACCUCUCAUGGAUCCUCUCCCACCGGAGCUGCCACCUCGAGCCCCCCUUGAUGAACCAGACAGGAUUCUCGGAGGAGGCGGGGCCAGUCUGGGCACACCUUUUGCUGAGACGCCAGACGCAACAGGGUCCUUCCUGUUCUCGGACGCCGCGGUCGCAGAGACGGUGGAGCACCCGCUCAGUGAGUGUCAGUGGUUCCACGGCACCCUGUCCCGCCUCAAAGCUGCUCAGCUGGUGUUGGCUGGGGGCCCGGCGAGCCACGGCGUCUUCCUGGUUCGCCAGAGCGAGACAAGACGCGGGGAAUAUGUCCUCACCUUUAACUUCCAGGGCAAGGCCAAGCACCUCCGUCUGUCCCUGAACGAGGACGGUCAGUGCCGAGUGCAGCACCUUUGGUUCCAGUCCAUCUUUGACAUGUUGGAGCACUUCCGAGUGCACCCGAUCCCCCUGGAGUCUGGCGGCGCCUCAGACGUCACGCUCAUCAGCUUUGUGGGUGCCACCGCUGUUCGCCAGCCAGGCCGGGACAGGGCAGGCAGUCGGCCUACAGUCUGUGAUGUCAUCACCACGCGCCAUCCUGACUCUCCAUCAACCCCCAUCUCUGACUGUGUACUUGACCAGCAGACCCCGUAGCCCUCCUCAGCCUCCUCCGCUACCACCGGGCCGGCCGCCGCCCCCGACUCCUCCCCAGGAGAGAGGAAGUGAGACGGAGGUGGUGGGAGGGGCAGGAGGAGGAGCAGCUGUGGUGACAAUGGCAACGACAGGAGGAGGAGGAAGUGGAGG